AGCUCUGGCCGGGGCCCUGUCACCAUGAGUGGGCCCGGCUGGGCGGCGGAGGCCGCUCGGCUGUGGAAGGUGCCCGGGUUUCAGGUACUGCGACUGAGCGGUGUGAUGGGCUGGGGGCCGGACCAGAAGAACGACCUGCUGCUGGGUGUGGGCGACGGCAGCCGGAGCCGGCAGCAUGUGCUCUACUUCCCGGGGGACGUGCAGAACUAUCAUGAGCUGAUGACACACCAUCCAGAAAAUGCUCGCUGGCAGCGAUGGAGCCUAGAAGAAGUCGCCGUUUUACUAUUCCAUCGUUUUCCUAGCAGUCACAUCUGGAUCAUAAAGGCUUCCCGGAUUCAUCUACACAAGUUCAGUUGCUACGACAACUUUGUGCAAAGCAAUCUGUUUGGUGUGCCUGAGCAUAGCUCUGACUGUGGGGUUUUCAAACACUUGCAUUCACUGUUGAUGAAUGGCUUCAAGCAAGCGCACACUGUUCUGCAUUCAUGGACAAAUCCUAAUGAAAGGUCUCAUGGUUCAUUUGCAGUCGAGCAAGAUGAAAGCUGCAGUGGCGUCUCUAAAACUGCAAAUGGUUUUUCUGCUAAGAAUGAUCUGAGUACUCCAAGUCUUUCUGGAAACUACACAGAGGUUGAAGACUUGAAAUGCACUGACCCUUCAUUGAAAUUUGUAUUGAUUGGUUUCAGCAAAGGUUGUGUGGUGUUGAACCAGCUGCUGUAUGCAUUGAAUGAAGCACAAAAAGACAAAGAACUAGCUGCCUUCAUCAAUAACAUUAAAGGGAUGUAUUGGUUGGAUGGUGGUCAUGCUGGGGGAGGCAAUACCUGGGUCACUGAUCCAGAAAUCCUGAAAGGAUUUGCCAAAACAGGUAUUCCUGUGUAUGCGCAUGUUACACCUUAUCAAGUGCGGGAUGGUAUGAGGGCUUGGAUUGGAAAAGAGCAUAAGAAAUUCAUCCGGCUCUUAGGGGAGUAUGGUGCUAAAGUGACAAACCAACUUCACUUUGAAAAUGAAACCCCUUCUCUGGAUAAUCACUUUAGGGUCCUUCAAGUGUUCUGAUGUACUUGGGAUCCUUGUGACAGAAGAAUCACUAAUGCUUGGUCUCAUUUAUUCUCAGUAAAGCAGAGUAGAAAAAAAACUGCUUACAUGUGAAACUGGUACAUCUGAGAAAUACAUUUAAUAGUUUGUCCACCACAAACGUCUAAUGGAGACUAAUCUUUGUUUUUGUACAUUAAAGUACUGUUGCAGGUACUAUUUGAGUUGCCUUUAUUUAGCAUUCCAUUCUCUUGCAUUUUAAAAUAUUUUAUUGUGUGUCCUCAGUCUUCUGAUCCAGUGUAAAAAUUGCUGAAUUUCCAAGGAAGUGAGGGACAACUGAAAUUUUCUUUAAUUUCAUUAUCUCUGCCCAUAAGCAGUGAGGCAUGUUUGUGUUAAGUUAACCUGUGCUAAGGUAAUCCAGUUACUGCAACUCACAGAAGACUACAGUCCAUAUUGAAAGCAUAACCAAUAUUAGACAAGGAAAAUUCAGAAUGAUGACAUUGGUCAUUUAAAGGAUUAACAUUUCAGCCAUCUCGAAGUGUUUUCCUUCAUAACUUGCCCCUAAAGAAGCCCACUGUAGCCAACCAUCUGGUUUGAGUUGAUAUACCACAUAUGACCUUGUGUCUACGUGAUACCAUGUCCGUAGCAUGUAAAAAUAGAAUAAUCUGACCUGAAUCUGGAAAUGCAUUGUGUGCCAAUCUGCACACUCAGUUCACCGAUGUAUGAGGACAGAUGAAAGAAGAUGAAACAAAGUCAUGCAGUCAAUGAUGCUUGGCAGUGGUGUUGGAGCACUGAACCUUCCAACAGUAGGUCCUCAUGUCAGUUGGUGUCAGGAACACAGUCAACUUCCUAGAUUGCUUGAAGGCCUCAGCCUAGGCUCAUUAAAGGCAGUGGACUUGCACCGGCCUUGAAGCAGCUUCUCCAGUAAAAACUCCUAGUGCUCUCAGGUGAUCAAGAUAAAUUUCUAGAGAUCUUGCUUGAUCUUGUUGCAGUCCUCAUCUCUGCUUCAUGUGCAACGAUCACUUGAGAAUCUUAAGUAAUUAAGUAAACAAAUCAAUAAUAUUCAAUUAUUAAUAAUUUCCUCAGUGCUGUGAUAUCUCAAUGGAUACCAUGCAUUCUAAAUUCUGGUACAGAAACUUCAAAAAGUGUGUUUGAAUUAUAACAAUCCAUGGAAGAAACCUCCAUUAAAGGCAGACUAUUUCUGGAAUCCAUUAAGAUACAACUCCCAGGAAAGCAAGCCAUGAUGGGGAAUGGUUAGUGGUUAAGCAACAUUUGAUAGUACUGUAUAAAUUGAUCCUGUUUUAAAUAGCUGGUUUUAAUCAUGCUACCUACUGACAGAAAUGAGUCACUUGUCAGCUCUAGGCCAUAGUGCACUAUCAUGGAGUGUGUAAUACUUCUGUUAUGAAUAUUUGGUUGGUACAGCAUUCCAAUAGCAUUAGUGAACAAAAGUAGCUUUGUUGCUUUGCUAUUUCAUUGGUCUGGAAUUGAUUGCACAAAAUGCUUUCAUAUGUAAAAUGAAUUGUAAAAUAUAGUGAUUUUGAACUGGGAAGUUUCAGUUAAUUUUGAAAACUAUUCAACACUAACCAAACAAUUCCAUCAAUUAUGUGACCUA